AUGGCCACCGGAAAAACUUUAAAACACGGGUUUUCCAACGAAUGCUUCGUCCUAGACGAACACGAUCAAGUGUGUACUAAGACCUAUUCGAUCACAACUUUCUCUGAUAAAAAUGAUCGCGCUCAGAUGUUUAACUUCCACAUAUGUCAGGUCGACCUUUCCAAGAAAAAACUUUUGAUUCUUAUUGUUUCCAAUACCGGAGACGGCGAUCCGCUGGAUAGCACGACGAAGUUCUUCAUAUUUCUAAGAGAGAUCAAAUCAAACACUUUCUGA